ACAAACUACCGGAAAGCGGAUCCUGCUGAAAAACCAAACCUUUGGAUCACUGGACUAUUGUGGAAAACCGAGGAGUCUGAACAUGUCCUCCAGUAGACCACGGAUCCCGGAGGAGCACCUGCCGGAGGGAGUCGCCCCCCAGCAGGUGCUGGACAACGAUGCAGGUGGUGUAGACGACAUCAUUGGACGUCCUGCAGAAGAUGGGUUCCCUGAACUGAUCUUGGUUGUGGAUGAUGACGAAGACAACAAUCUCCCAGUCAACAUCUCAUCUGGUGAGGAAGAGGAGUUUGAGGAAGACGAUAGGGAAGUCGACGAGACCGACUCAGAAAGUGAAAUUGGUGAGGUCUGGUCUGGCGACUUCAGCAAUGAUUCAGGGUACAGCACCAUGACUUUCUCUGAAGAGUACCUUGAAGACGACCUUGAAGACGACUUUAGACCUCUGUCCCCUCUCGUCCAGCAGUUCCCACCAGAAAGCUUUUGGCAGGACUGGCGAAGGAUGCAUCCUUCUUUUAUUGCUGGCGCACCUCUUCUUGUUGUUCCCGCUCGUAUUCCUGAUGCUGCUCCCGUUUGUGGUCCUGCCGCUGCUCCUCAGCAGCUGAUGGUCGGGCACCCGCAGGUACCCGUUCAGCCCGAGAAGCUUCCCGAGCAGCAAGUGGAACGACCUGAGGGAAGUGUACUCCCAUUUUCUGAGAGGCUGGAAGAGUGUGCCCCCUCAACUUCAGGCCUCAGCUCCUCCACAAAGAGGACCAGGGAAGAGAACUACACGGGGCAGGUAAGUAGCAAGAGGCCGAGGGUGAAUUCCGAGGAAAACCCUGAAGACGCAGUUCCUUCUACGUCAGGCCUCAGCUCCUUUUCAAACGGAAGCACUCAAGAGAACUACAGGGACUCAGCUCCUUCAACCUCAGGCCUUGGAUUCUUCACAGGCAGGAGACCAUGGCCUUUUGUCCCUUUUGGAACCCCAAGAUGGGCUGAUGACAGCGACUCUGAUUAGAGUUUUUGCUAACGCUGUUUG